CUCUCUCUCUCUCUCUCUCUCUCUCUCUCUCUCUCUCUCUAUUCAUAGAUUUUGAAAUUGGGAGGAAGGAUAGCUUGGACACGAUGACAUCGAAGACAGUCUUACAGACAUUGGAUAUCUAUGGAGCUUCCAGCCAUCGAAAUCAGAACAGAGACCGAUUCCGCAAAUUCUCGAUCUCUUUAUCGAUGAAAGAUGUUUCAGCGUCCUCCCAAACAGGGAAAAAUAUGGAAGGUACAUCUCAGGAGAUUUCGAUUGUAAAACCCUCCAAUCUCUGCUUCGACAGCACACUGCCUUCAGAUCACGAUUUUGAUUGCAUGCACAAAAGGGCGUUUGGAUCUUUCAUCAUACGAGAAGUGUUACUCGAUGAAGAGUAUUGGACUGCAGCAUGGUUGAGGGCAGAAACCAAUUGGGAGGAUCGAUCAGAUGAACGGUAUGCCGAGAGCUAUAAGAGGAAAUUCACAGAUCAGGAAUACUAUGCAUUGAAGCGGCGAUGCCGCAGUAAUCUCCGUGAGAAGUGCACUUGCCUCGUUGCGGUAAAACAGGACGAACAGAACGUGAAGCGGACUGCACUAAACAGCAUCUUCGGGACUCUAGAUGUCAGCAUUCGGCAUCUGUUACCUGGCGAGAUGUUUCCUGGAGAUCGCAGCAAGGCCAACAUGUCGGCGGGACCCGGGACCAACAUAGCAGGCCCACAUCGAUACGGGUAUGUCUCCAAUCUAUGCAUAAGGAAAUCCGCACGACGGCAGGGGAUUGCAAGCAACAUGAUGCGUUUGGCUGUCCAAGUUGCCAAAUCGGCAGGUGUGGAAGAGGUAUUUGUACAUGUAGAGAGGAAAAACAUGGCGGCACAGCAACUCUAUUCAAAAAUCGGUUUUCAGAUGGUUGAAAUGGAUAUGGCCCAUUCAUCAGAAGAUCAGAACUACUUGAUGAGCUGCAGGACUACUUAACCAAAGUGCAAGCUUGUAAGUGGCCAUCAACUUUCGUCCACGCCAUAUGGCCCACCUAAUAGACUUUGAGUCACUGGCGGGAUGAUCUGCACGGUGGGUCCCACCUGAUACAUGAUGACCAUAGGCUGGCACGUGCAGCAACGUGUAUAGAGUUGAGGCUAUCUUUGUUGUAUAGGUAACAUCAGUGUCCAUAAAACUAUAUUCUGUCACCUGCAACCGAAAAGAUCAUGUGGGUGGCCCAGUAGAAAUAUGAUGGACGGUCACGGUUCUCAGCA